GUCCGAGAGUUGACGUUACCCGGUUUGUUAUUGUUAUUGCUGUGCAGCGUGUACCGCAUGGUAUUCCCUUCUCGCAAAAGCAGUUUGGUUUUUAGUUUCGUUGUGAAACGAGAGUUUGUAUUUUCCCCUAUUAAGUUUCCCAUUCCACGUCGCUGUCUGAGUGAAAAUGCGCGAAAAUACGCCGCCCCGUUCACCGAUGGACGAGCUGGUGGGGGAAGAUGACGACGACGAGGAGUUGAUUUACGUGGGCGAUGCCGAUGAGGUGCUGGACGCAUGGGAGCAGGAGGAAGCGGAAGACGAAGAGUUGGACGCAGAAGCGGGACCGGCAGCGGAACAGCACGCCCUUCGCCGUUCGCCCGUACAGGACGAUGCAAAGCUGACGUUCACCAAACACACCGCGCCGGUGUUCUGUGGCGCCCUUCACCCCACGGAAGAGCUAGCCGUUACCGGCGGUGAGGAUGACAAAGCGUACGUGUGGCACAUACGCACCGGCGAGGUGCUGCACGAGGUGAUGAAUCAUUCCGACUCGGUGGUGGCGGUGGGCUUCAGCUACGAUGGCAGCUUUGUCGCGACCGGCGAUAUGGCCGGCUACAUACAGGUGUUCAAGGUGAGCCAAAACUAUCGCCAGGUGUGGGAGUUUACCGUGGGCGAUAUGGGGUGGAUGCGCUGGCACACGGGCGCGAACGUGCUGAUGGCGGGCUGCGAGGCGGGCGAGGUGUACGUGUGGCGCAUCCCGUCCGGCGACUGUAAGGUGCUGCCCGGGCACGAGGCACGCACCGAAUCGGCCGAGCUGCUGCACGACGGCAAGCGGCUGCUCGUCGGGUACGGCAAUGGGCACGUGAAGCUGUGGGAUCUGAAGUCGGGCACGCCGCUGCUGGAGGUGGACAGUACGGUCGGGCACAAGGAGAACAUAACGGCGCUGGCCGCAGACCAGGACGGGCAGCUGUUCGUGACGGGGUGCGAGGACGGCAGCCUGUACCUGAUGGGCCCGGGCGGCGUGCUGGGCCAGCUGGUCGCACCGAACGAGUACCCGAUCGAGUCGGUGCUGGUGGACUAUCCCGGGUUCGAGAUGAAGGUGGCCGCGUCGGGCACGCUGCAGGGCAAGCUGACGAUCUGGGACACGGCCCGCCAGACGAAGCGCGUUGAGUGUGAGGACGACAAUCCGAACGGCAUUACCAAAUUGGUCUGGCUGAAGGACUUUACCAUCUGUGCCGGUACGCUGGGCGGUUGGAUAAAGGGCUGGGACUUCCGGAGCGGCGCGAAACGGUUCACCCUCGACGGGCACACGAACGACAUCCAGAGCCUUUCGUACGACAGGCAGCGCAACCUGAUCCUGUCCACCUCGGAGGACUGCACAGCGAAGAUAUUCGAAGUGCCGGCCGCAGGUCAAUAAGCUACGGGGACAACUGCAACUUGUACAUACAUUAUUGAUUUGUUGAGGAAAAGGUUGCGUGUGUUGAGAAUUUAAUUUAAGUUUUUAUGCUUGAGAAACAGAUUCAAAUGUAAGGGGUAAAGUGAGUGCUUUCGGUUUGUUGUGCAUGUAAGAUCAAAUCUGGCACCACAUUUAUCAUGUUACAAAAGCGCUGCGGGGCACUUUUUCCCAAAAAAAAAAAAACAAAAAUUAACGGGCCAUACAGACUUUUAAGUACAGCGCUGUACAAAGCAUGAUAAGAAAUAGUGGUGGGAGCUCGGAAUCGGACCUACCCGAUUCCGAUUUCAUGUUCGGAAUCAAUUCCGGAGCAAAUUCUGGAGUGGCUCCGGAGUUGGCUCCGGAACUGGAAUCGGCCUGGGAAUCACAAUUUGCUUCGGAAACGGAAUCAGAAUUGACUCCAGAAAUUGGAAUUAGCUCCAGAAUGAGAAUCAGUACUUGAAUUAAAACAAGAAGACUAAUUAGCGACAUCAGUUCCGGAAUCUGUAUUUGAAUGUAUUCUUUGCGGACAUCAAUAUAUAGCAUCAUUGUA